AUGAGUGAACAACUUUAUAAUGGACCUCGUGAGAGGAAUCUUAGGGAGAUGGUUGCACCUGAUUUUACUUAUGAGAGUGAGGAUCCACAUAAACAUCUGAAGGAGUUCCAUAUUGUUUGUUCAACCAUGAAGCCUCCUGAUGUUCAAGAGGAUCACAUUUACCUGAAGGCAUCUCCACACUCAUUGGAGGGAGUUGCUAAAGAUUGGCUGUAUUAUUUGGCUCCCAGGUCCAUCACUAGCUGGGAUGUUCUAAAAAGAAUGUUUUUGGAGAAAUUCUUCCCUGCCUCAAGAACCACUACAAUUAGAAAGGAUAUAUCAGGGAUCAGGAAACUUGGCAGAGAGAGCUUGUAUGAGUACUGGGAGAGAUUUAAAAAAUUAUGUGCAAGCUGUCCCCACCACCAGAUUUCUGAGCAACUCCUAUUACAGUAUUUUUAUGAGGGCCUGAAUAGCAUGGAGAGGAGUAUGAUUGAUGCUGCCAGUGGAGGAUCCCUUGGUGACAUGACUCCGGUUGAGGCUAGGCACUUAAUUGAAAAAAUGGCCUCCAAUUCUCAGCAAUUCAGCGCUAGGAAUGAUGCUAUUGUGCUCAGGGGAAUUAAUGUUGUAGUUGCUGAUUCUUCUUCAUCUGUAGAUAGGAAGCUUGAGGGGAAGCUUGACACCUUGGUCAGUUUAGUCACUCAACUUUCCAUGAACCAGAAAUCUUCAUCUUCAUCUGCAUCUAUGGCAAGGAGACCUCCUCCUCUUGCACCUGUAGCCCAACCAGCUCAACCUUCUACUUCCUUUGAGCCUUCAUUGGAGGAGUUGGUGAGGCAGAUGACCAUUCAAAACAUGCAAUUUCAGCAAGAGACCAGAGCCCCUAUUCAGAGUUUGAAAAAUCAAAUGGGGCAGAUGGCUACUCAACUUAAUCAGGAACAGUCUCAAAAUUCAUAUAAGUUGCCUUCACAGACUGUGCAGAAUCCAAAGAAUGUGAGUGCCAUAACAUUGCGGUCGGGGAAACAGAUUGACAUACCCAUUGCAGUACCUCCACCUCCAUCAACAUCUGCACCUGUACUAAUACCAAUUCUAGCAUCUGCACCUGAGCAAAAUGAUGAACCAGUUGGUGCCCGAAAUUUUCAUGUAGGUGGACCUUCUUCGAGCACCAAUUUUGAUUUGCAGCAGCCUCCUAUCCCUCUUCCAUUUCCUCCUAAAUUGAUUCCAAGCAAAAAGAUGGAAGAGGAGUUGUGCACUCAUAAGAGGAAAAUGAAGGGAAAUGAGAGAAUCAGCAUGGGCAGAAAUGUGUCUGCUUUGAUAGGUAAAUCUGUUCUGCACAUUCCUGAAAAAUGUAAGGACCCAGGUACUUUCUGCAUACCUUGUAUUAUUGGGAAUAGCAAAUUUGAAAAUGCCAUGCUUGAUUUGGUUGCUUCUAUAAAUUUCAUGCCUCUGUCCAUUUUUAAAUCUCUAUCUCUUGGUCCUAUGCAACCUACGGGUGUGGUGAUACAGUUGGCAAAUAGAAGUGUCGCCCACCCUACAGGUUUCAUUGAGGAUGUCUUAGUUCAGGUCGAUGAACUGAUUUUUCCUACUGAUUUCUAUGUGCUUGAUAUGGAGGAGGGAUUCUCCCAUGGAUCUGCCCUAAUCAUUUUAGGCAUACCAUUUUUGAAAAUAGCCCGAACUAAGAUUGAUGUGGACUCUGCCUCUGUUCCCAUCGAAGCGACGCUGGAAGAAAUGAGGAAUCAGCAGAAGCGAGAGGAGGCGCUCCACGCCGCCAGCCUCCGAGUUCCCCGCCACCCGCCGUGGACCCCCCACAUGUCCACCAACGAGCUUCAUGACAGCGAAACGCAGGUUUUUCUGAUUUGGCGCCGCAGCUUAGAGAGGUUAGUUCUCUGCAAUCUGAUUGUUAGGGUUUAA